ACAGAGGCACACAGGACCGCUGUCUCUGCUACCGGAAGCACCGUAUUCAUUACAUUCAUCCAUACUCAGCCGCAGCCAUGAAGAAAAGCAAAUGCAAAGCGAGCACUACUGCUGAGAAGGAGUUUGCGUUUGAGUUCAAGGCAGGAAAACACAACUGUGUCCUCAAAGUACCUCUGCAGUUUCCUGUGCAGGAGAACAUCAGUGACCUUCAUGGCCGCCUGAUGCUGCUACAUAAAAUACCCUGCUACAUAGAAAAUGAGUUGAAAAACUCGCUUUUCACCUUCAUCGAGAAGGAGACCAUCCUGGACUAUGACAGAGAGGCAGAGCUGGCCCUGCAGAGGCUUACGUCAGGAGCCGUAGACGUGAAUCAGCUCACCAACGCAUGGACCAGGUCUUAUCUGGAGACUACGCUGGAGCAUGCUCGGCCUGAAGAGCCCAGCUGGGAUGAGGAUUUUGCUGAUGUUUACCAUGAGCUGAUCCACUCCCCUGCCUCAGAUACCCUUCUCAACCUGGAGCACAACUACUUUGUUAGCAUCUCUGAGCUCAUCAGUGAGCGAGACAUGGAGAUUAAGAAACUGCAGGAAAGGCAAGCCACUGAAAUGGACAAGGUGAUGCAUGAGCUGGGGAAUACUUUGAGUGACCAGGAUGUAAAUGCAGUUGCCUCUCAACACUUUGAUGCACAGCAGGUGUUGGAGAACAAAUGGGCCAGUGAGCUGAAGCAAGUUACUGGCAUUCAAAAGCAGGAGUAUCAGGAGUGGGUCAUCAAACUGCACCAGGACCUGCAGAAAUCCAGCAACAGCAGCAAAAUUAAUGAGGAGAUUAAGGUGCAGUCCAGCCAGUUGUCAGAGCUCGCAGAUUCUGGGGCCAGGAUGUUUGAGGAGCAGCCGCUGCUGGAGGAGAGUUUCACCAUACACUUAGGAGCACAACUGAAGACGAUGCACAACCUGCGGCUGGUCCGGGCCGACGUGCUGGACUUCUGUAAGCACCGGCGGCACGGCAGUGGUGGAGCGAAGCUACGGCGGCUACAGACGGCCCUUUCACUCUACUCCUCCUCCCUCUGUGGUCUGGUGUUGUUGGUCGACAACAGGGUCAACUCGUACAGCGGCAUCAAGAGAGACUUUGCAACUGUGGCGAAGGAGUGUACAGACUUCCACUUCCCCUGUCUGGAGGAGCAGCUGGAUGAGGUGCAGCAGGUGGUGCUCUAUGCCAGAGCUCAGCGGAGCAGCAAGCAGAAAGAACAACCUGAGAUUCCAAGGAAUGGAGGUGAUGAUAAGAGCAAAAAUGUUGAAAGAAAUCCAUCUAACAUCUUACCAGGGGAGUUUUACAUCUCGCGCCACUCCAACCUGUCAGAGGUCCAUGUUGUCUUCCACCUGUGUGUGGAUGACAACGUGCGUUCGGGGAACAUCACGGCCCGGGACCCGGCCAUCAUGGGCCUGAGAAACAUCCUGAAGGUCUGCUGCACACAUGACGUCACCACUGUCACUGUACCUCUGCUGCUGGUCCACGACAUGUCGGAGGAGAUGACCAUACCGUGGUGUCUUAAGAGAGCAGAGCUGGUUUUCAAAUGUGUCAAAGGCUUCAUGAUGGAGAUGGCCUCAUGGGAUGGAGGUAUAUCACGCACAGUCCAGUUUCUAGUGCCAAAGAGUAUCUCAGAGGAGAUGUUCUACCAGUUGAGCAACAUGCUGCCUCAGAUCUUCCGUGUCUCCUCCACCCUAACGCUCACCUCAAAGCACUGAACGGCCGAGAUGCACCACACUGCAUCCUCAAGACUUUAGGACCACCACAGGCACAUUUUGUUGUAUUUCUUGUUUUGUGUUUUUCAGGACCUGUAGCGGGUGGAGAUGUGAUGAAGUAGCACAUAAGUCCCAUUCAUUUCAGUGUGGUCAGCGUAAUAUGGUGGCAUUAAUGCACUUCAAGUCAAGGUCAGGCAAAAAGUAUUUUAACUGAGACAAGAGAUUUCUAUGCAGUUGGUGAGCCUUGUUAUUUUUGCAUCUUCUGAAGCUUCACAUGCCGUAAAUACUUUGUACUGAAAGAGCUCUGAAUUCCGUGGCUCACCAGAGCGGCUGCUGAAAUGGUCAUUUCAAGCGUCCAGGAUGCGGUUCUAUGACAUCAUGACAGCAACCGCCAGUGCUGCAAGUGUUCAAGUAUUCCAGUUUUCCUUUAAAGCUGGGAUGUGUAACUUUCUGCAUGUUUGAGCUACAGCAUAAUAGAGGAUCUGCUGUAGCCGAAGCUGUUUAAACUCGCUGGUGCUGAGUGAAAAUGCCAUCAGCCGAGCAGAUAAAGAAAACAUUAAAACACAAUGGUGUUUCCUGAAGUGAUGAGGCUGGAUGGAACCAGCGCUGGCAUUCAUGACCUAACAAACCUUAUUAACAUUCAUCAACAGCGCAGUUAGCAACCAUGCUAAAUGUGGUUUUUGUAGUGUUUUCACCACACACUACUGAAUAGAUGAGUAUAUUUAUAAUAAAAAAGAGAUUUCAGCUUUAAAUCUUUAAAUUUUUGUUUUAAUGUGUAUUUGAGUAUGAGGCCCCUGUCAACAUCAUAGUUCAUCUGUUGAAAGUUCACAAAUUCGUCUUGAUGUGCAGUGUAGCUCAGCCAUCAUGAGGUUAUUGAUCUAAAUCAAUGGGCCAUUGGCUUCAUAUUCGAGGGCUGAUUUGUCCAGAGGGAAGUGACAUAAUGUAUUCUCUUCCAGUCCUAAUGACGAAUGGCGUUGCUGCUGAGUCGAGCAGUGUGCAGGUGUUUUUAUGCUGCAUUGCAGUGAGUUAUAGUGAGGAUCAGUCUUGGAGUGAGUUCACGUGCGGUCCCUUCCUCUACCUCUGUAACAGCAGAUGGCACUGUUCUGAAAGACAAACGUGGAAAGGGUGACUGAACACACUCUUAUUAAAAGGCAUCAAGUUUAAAUGAGUGUCUGCUGCCUGUUGAAAUGAGUCUCACCAUUUUGUCCACAUUUAGCACGAGCAGCGGGGAACUGCUCUGAAAAGUUCAGCCUCAGUUGCAAAGGUUUGUCAUAUACAUUCUGUAUAUUUACUGUUUAUAUUUUUAUGUUUUAAUUAAAAAAAGUAA